AGGACCAGGGGCUCCCAGGACGGCUGGGGGCCUGGUGACCAGGACAGGAUGGUCCAGGAAGAAGUGCAGGGGGUGGUGCUCCGAGAGGCCAGUGCUCCUAGGUUAAUCAUCUCUGUGGCUCAGAUAAGCCUCUGCCAGCUGGAAGCAGAGUCACUGUGACCAGAGGGGUUUGUGUGACUCAAGAGGCAGACAGGACGGUGUGACCACAGCAGGGGACCAUGCCAAGCACAAAGCGGUUUCAACAUGUGAUUGAGACCCCCAAGCCUGGCGAGUGGGAGCUGUCUGGGUACGAGGCAGCCAUGCGGAUCACAGAGAAGUCAAAUCCACUGACCCGGGACUUGGACAAAGCAGAUGCUGGGAAAAUCGUUCAGUUGCUGGGGCAGUGUGAUGCUGAGAUCUUCCAGGAGGAGGGGCAAGCCAUGCCUGCCUACCAGCGACUGUACAGCGAAUCAGUUCUGACCACCAUGCUGCAAGUGGCCGGGAAAGUGCAGGAAGUAUUGAAGGAGCCAGAUGAGGGGCUGGUGGUGCUGAGUGGAGGGGGCACCUCUGGCCGGAUGGCAUUCCUCAUGUCGGUCUCCUUUAACCAGCUGAUGACAGGUCUAGGACAAAAACCUCUUUACACCUACCUCAUUGCAGGAGGUGACAGGUCUGUGGUGGCCUCCAGGGAGGGGAAGGAAGACAGCGCCCUGCAUGGGAUUGAGGAGCUGAAGAAGGUGGCUGCUGGGAAGAAGAGGGUCAUUGUCAUUGGCAUCUCGGCGGGCCUCUCUGCGCCCUUUGUGGCAGGCCAGAUGGACUACUGCAUGGACAACACAGCUGUCUUCUUGCCAGUCCUGGUUGGCUUCAAUCCCGUGAACAUGGCCAGAAAUGACCCCAUUGAAGACUGGAGUUCAACCUUCCGGCAAGUAGCAGAGCGGAUGCAGAAAAUGCAAGAGAAACAGGAAGCGUUUGUGCUGAAUCCAGCAGUUGGGCCUGAGGGUCUCAGCGGCUCCUCCCGCAUGAAAGGUGGAAGUACCACCAAAAUCCUGCUGGAAACCCUGUUACUGGCAGCCCAUAAGACGGUGGACCGGGGCAUUGCAGCAUCUCCAAGAUGCCUUCUGGAAAUCCUGCGGACAUUUGAGCGGGCUCAUAAGGUGACCUACAGUCAGAGCUCCAAGAUCGCCACUCUGAUGAAGCAAGUCAGCACCAGCCUGGAGAAGAAAGGCCGAGUGCACUUGGUUGGCUGGCAGAACCUGGGCAUCAUUGCCAUCAUGGAUGGAGUGGAGUGCAUCCAUACCUUUGGCGCUGAUUUCCGAGACAUCCGUGGCUUUCUCAUUGGGGAUCACAGUGACAUGUUUAACCAGAAGGCUGAGCUCACCAAUCAGGGUCCACAGUUCACCUUCUCCCAGGAAGACUUCCUGACUUCCAUCCUGCCCUCCCUCAGGGAAAUUGACACUGUCAUCUUCAUUUUCACCCUGGAUGAUAACCUCACGGAAGUGCAGACGCUGGUGGAGCAGGUGAAAGAGAAGACCAGCAAUAUCCAGGCCCUGGUGCAUAGCACUGUGGGGCAGUCCCUGCCGGCCCCUCUGAAGAAGCUCUUUCCCUCCAUCAUCAGUAUCAUGUGGCCACUGCUUUUCUUCGAGUACGAAGGGAACUUCGUCCAGGUAUGGAGGAAGUUCCAGCGUGAGCUGAGCACCAAGUGGGUGCUGAAUACAGUGAGUACAGGGGCCCAUGUACUUCUGGGGAAGAUUCUACAAAACCACAUGCUGGACCUCCACAUUGGCAACUCCAAGCUCUUCUGGCGGGCACUGGCUCUGCUGCAGCGGUUCUCGGGACAGUCCAAAGCGCUCUGCAUUGAAAGCCUCCUCCAGGCCAUCCACUUUCCUCAGCCACUGACGGAUGAAAUUCGGGCGGCUCCCAUCUCCAGCCACAUCCAGGUUGCAAGGGAGAAGAAACAGGUGAUCCCUGUAGCCUUGGUGAGCCUCCUCUCCCGGUGCUCCAUCCCCACGGCUCAGGCGCGCGUGGCUGCAGCUCCCUCCGUCUGCGAGGCUGUGAGGAACGCCCUGGCUGGGCCGGGUCGGAAGCGCGGCGCCGAGCCGCUGGAGGCCUCACGGCCGGCCGUGCAGUGACCGGGGCCGGCGAGGGAAGGGGCCUGGCCGGGGACUCGCGUGCCGUCUGUGUGUGGAGGGUGCAAAAGCCCUGUGUCCAGGGCACCAGCAGCCCUGGGUGCGAGGAAGAUUUUCUCCACCUUACCGGACAGUUCUUGGUCUUGACACAGUGGUUUCCACUUUCACUAGCUUAUUCUGAACUUAGAAAUAAAGCCAAGCAUCUUGUUCUGGAAAGUUAACCUUA